AUGGUCAUGGCCGACAGUGUCCAGAAACCGCUGCUCCGGGGUCCGGUCCGAGUGGGCUUCUACGACAUCGAGCGCACUUUAGGAAAAGGCAAUUUCGCUGUGGUGAAGCUGGCCAGACACCGAAUAACAAAGACCGAGGUGGCCAUAAAGAUCAUUGACAAGACGCAGCUGGAUGCCGUCAACCUGGAGAAGAUCUACAGAGAAGUUCAGAUCAUGAAGAUGCUGGACCACCCCCACAUUAUCAAGCUCUACCAGGUGAUGGAGACGAAGAACAUGCUUUAUUUGGUCACAGAGUAUGCAAAGAAUGGGGAGAUCUUUGACUACCUGGCAAAGCACGGCCGUCUCAGCGAGCUGGAGGCCAGGAGAAAAUUCUGGCAGAUCCUCUCUGCGGUCGAGUACUGUCACAAUCGAAACGUCGUCCACAGAGACCUGAAGGCUGAGAACCUGCUGCUGGACGGCCACAUGAACAUCAAGAUUGCAGAUUUUGGGUUUGCAAACUUCUUCCAGCCUGGGGAGCCUCUGGCCACAUGGUGUGGCAGCCCGCCGUAUGCUGCCCCUGAAGUCUUCGAGGGACAGCAGUAUGAGGGACCACAGCUGGACAUCUGGAGUAUGGGGGUGGUGCUUUAUGUGCUGGUGUGCGGCGCGUUGCCCUUUGAUGGGCCCUCUCUGCCUGUGCUUAGACAGAGGGUCCUGGAAGGAAGGUUUCGCAUCCCCUACUUCAUGACUGAAGACUGUGAACACCUGAUCCGCAGGAUGCUGGUACUGGACCCAUCCAAACGUUUGUCUGUGGCCCAGAUCAAGGAGCACAAAUGGAUGACUCUGGAUGUCCCCGUCCAGAGGCCUGUUCUGUACCAGCAGCCUCUGUCGGCAGAGGGGGAGGCGGGUGUAGGAGAGUACAGCGAGCAGGUCCUCCGCCUCAUGCACAGCCUCGGCAUCGACCAGCAUAAGACCAUAGAGUCUCUGCAGAACAAAAGCUACAACCACUUUGCUGCUAUUUACUACCUGCUGGUGGAGCGGCUCAAGGCGCAUCGCUGCAGCUUCCCCGUUGAACAGCGGCUGGACGCCCGUCAGCGGCGGCCCAGCACCAUCGCUGAACAAACCGUCAUCAAGUCGACCAGCGGUUCAUCACAGGUGGGCUUGCCCCUGCAGGGUGUACGUUUGUUGCGUCCGCCCGCCAUUCCCCAACCCAGUUCCGACGCUUGCACCUUUGUCCAGACCCCAUCUCCCCUGGAGCAGAAUUUCAUGGUAGAAGAUAUCAGCACGCCCAAAGUGAACGGCUGCCUCUUAGACCCCCUCCCUCCCACCACUGUCCUCCGCAAGUCCUCUACCUCGUCACCCAGCAACAUGAUGGAGACAUCGAUUGAUGAGGGUAUUGAGACUGAAGAGCCGGAUGCAGAGGAUGAUCCCGCCCACUUGCUUUCAGCCUAUCAGACAGCUCGAUUUGGCCAACGGCGGCACACCCUAUCUGAGGUCACCAACCAGCCAGGACCUUCUAAUCAAGGUAAAUUUUUCGCUCUGGGACACAAUCCAUCUAUGGGAAGCGUUGACUCAGACAUCGGCUACGACAUGGGGUCUGUGCAUAGUGACCUCGGCCUGCUGGAAGACUCUCCCUCGCUCGGCGAGGUGAUGCCAGCCAGCAGCCCUGCAACUUUCAUGAUGGCCAGGCCUCCGAACCCAACAAUGGCUGCACUGACAUCACAGCACAGGGAGACGCACAACCGCUCCCCAAUCAGCUUCAGAGAAGGACGCCGCGCAUCCGAUACCUCCCUCACACAAGGUCUGGUGGCGUUCCGGCAGCACCUCCAAAACCUGGCGAGGACCAAAGGCAUCUUGGAGCUAAAUAAGGUCCAGAUGCCUGUGGGGCCGAUGGACUCCGGGGAUGGGGGUGUCACUGGCCUCCUGGGACCACAGCAUUAUUUGCACAACCUGCUGGAGGGUGAGGCCUGCAAGCAGCAGGAGGGCCUAGCUUUGUAUCAAGGUGAAGCCCAGCCGCCUCUCCUGUCCCGCAGACAGAGUUUGGAAACACAGUACCUCACACACAGACUGCAGAGGGCCAACAUCUUGGCUAACAGUCCUGCUAGCUGUCAGAUUUUCUGUAAGGAGACUCCUCGCAGUUUAGAGCAGCAGCUACAGGAACACAGACUGAACCAGAAGAGGAUGUACCUGCAGCAGCAGUCCCAGGGCAUGGGGCUGCAGACCUAUUUCAACCAGAUGCAGAUAGCUGAAGGCUCCUACCCACCUGUCGGCCCUGCUCUGGACCCUGCGUCCCCUCAGGGUCCCCUUCAGGGCCCCCCCAUGUCGGCUGGCGGCCAGCCUCAGCCUCAACAGCAAGGCAGCCCUCAGUCCUCCUCCCCCUUCGGCCACACCCUCAGCCUGAGCCCCCUAAUGGAGCCAGGCGAGGGCGUGGUUUACGACCCCUACAUGAGCCAUCACCACUACACCCAACAUCUGCCUCAUGGAGCCCACCUCCACCACCAGCUCCACCACCAGCAGUCUCAUGAUUCUUCCAGUAGUUGCCUGGGCUUCAGUUUCCCUGCAGGCUGCGAGCAGCAGGCCCUUGGCCCCUCCCCUGAUGCUCUUCCACCAGACCAGUACGAGUUCUCCAUGAACCCUGCCUUGCUGCCACCACCUUCCCCAGGAGAGGCGGAGGCCACAGCGAUGCCUGGGGCUCUGGCUGGAUCAGCCCAGUCGGAAAACCUGGGAAUGAACGAGCUGCCUGGUUCUCUGCUGGACAGCGAGAUGAUGGAGACUGUGGACUCGCAGCAGGGCUUCGUAAUGGUCAACUGA